AUGUCUGAACAAGCAAUGCUCGAGAUCCGAACAGACGAGGCGGCGACGGGCAGAGGCAUCGUCAACCUGCUUCCCUGCCGUGUCCAGCACACCGGCCCAACCGGGCCAUCUUCAGCUUACUGGAAUCCCACUGUAGAUGAGAACGACAUCAGGACUGCCUAUCUUCGGGGCAGGAGGCUUCAGGGGAAGACGGUAUCACUACCCGCAGACUACCGAGGCGUUGUUCUUCAGCGAAAAGACGAUGCGCCGGAACCCGCUGAACAGCCAGACGUCGUCAUGAUUGGAGAAGAUGGAGAUGAAGGAUCGGCUCCCAGGCUGGGAACGAUGCACGUCGUGACGGAAUUCGACAAGUUGGUUGUAUGGUCGCAUGAUGCCGUUGCUGAUGCUUCGUCUGAUCCGUACCUGAGAAGCGUGGAGUGGUUCAAGGUGGCGGAUAGUAUACAUUCUUACGGAGUGGAGGACAAGGGAGACGCCAAAUGA